GAGGUCGUCUCGUCGAGGGUGUGCUGUCGAUGUUUCCAUGAUAUUCGUACACGUACACGUGUGAUAUUGGGAUACCGAUAAUAGUCAUAAUACGGUGCACCACAUGCAACAAUUUGUGUUGGGAACGAACGCCUAGUUAUAUUUAGUCUGCCAAGACUUGAUUGGAUCUAAAUUUUAGGCCUCUGUUCUUUGUCAGAUAAGACUAGGAAGAGAUCAAAAUGGAUCCAGGACAACUACAGUUGCUGAAGGAAUUCGUGACUGUCUGUAAGGCAAAUCCUGACGUUUUACAUUCCAAACCUCUCGAGUUUUACAAGGAAUGGUUGGAGAGCCUUGGUGCCAAGCUGCCAGAGCCCAAAGAGACGGAGAGCAAACCAGAGCCUGAACCUUCUGCUCAGGCUCCCCCAUCACCAGAGCCAGCACAGGAACCAACACCUGAACCAGAACCUAUGGAACCAGAGAGUGAAGAAAGUGAUCUUGAACUUGAUGAAGAUGGUGUGAUUGAACCAGACAUGGAUGAGCCUCAAGAGAUGGGAGAUACAAGUCUUGAAGUUACAGAUGAAAUGCAAGAGGAAGCUAUCCAAAAGAAGUCUGAGGCAAUGGUUGCCAUGUCAGAUGGAAACUUGGAAGAAGCCGUCCAGCUUUUCACUCAAGCUAUAUUGCGCAAUCCACGUUCAGCUUUGUUCCAUGCUAAGAGAGCAAGCUGCUAUGUCCGUCUAAAGAAGCCCAAUGCAGCUAUCCGUGACUGUAACAAAGGACAAGAUCUUAACCCUGACUCUGCCCAGGUUUACAAGUGGAGGGGUAAAGCCCAUCGAAUGCUGGGCCAUUGGGAAGAGGCUUUUAAGGACCUACAGAUGGCUUGCAAGCUGGACUUUGAUGAAUCUGCUUAUGAGAUGCUGAAAGAAGUAGAGCCAAAUGCCAAAAAGAUUGCAGAACAUAAGAGGAAGUAUGAGAGAAAACAAGAAGACAAAGAAAUCAAGGCGAAGAAGGAAAGGAUCAGAUUGGCAAAAUUAGCCCAAGAGAAAGCAAGAAAGGAAGAUGAAGAGAGGAGAAAGCAAGAAGCUGAAUCAGGAUUUCCUGGUGGUUUUCCUGGUGGGUUUCCAGGGGGUAUGCCUGGUGGCUUCCCAGGGGGAUUCCCCGGUGGUAUGCCAGGGGGAUUCCCUGGUGGUAUGCCAGGUGGUAUGCCUGGUGGUAUGCCAGGUGGUAUGCCAGGGGGAUUUCCCGGUGGUAUGCCUGGUGGCAUGGGAGGAGGCAUGCCUGAUAUCGGUGGCAUCAUGUCCGACCCUGAGAUUAUUACUGCCCUGCAGGAUCCAGAAGUCCAAGAAGCCUUUGCAGAGAUCAGCAGCGACCCUUCAAACAUUGCCAAGUAUAAAGACAAUCCUAAGAUCACCAGACUCAUUGCUAAGAUGCAAUCAAAGGUUCCAAGAGGACCGGGUGGUCCUGGAGCAGGAGGGCCUGGACCUGCAGGAGGACCCCCACCAUCAACCCCACCCUCCUCUGGAGGAGCUCAAGGAGAACCAUCAGCACCAGGAGCCAGCACUCAAGAUAUUGAUUGAGGUCUCACUGAUUCCUGAUACAUUUAAUUUGCCCUAAGUUAGCAAAAGGAACUAAUUGACAUGGAAUUAUUUGUUAGAGUAAUAUUCAUUUGUCCUUACAAAAUGCAAUACUAAAAUGUUUUGCCUAGCAAACAUUCACCUCUGGUUGUGAUAAAAUUAAGCAUGACAAUCGAGCACUCUGCAUGAAUUGUGAAAAUCUAAAUGACCUAAAUUUUGUUUUUUGUUGGCAUGUCACUCUUUUCCUUUUGCUUAUGUAGGGCAGUGUAUAUAUCAAGUUCUUUUGGAAGAUGAUUAUGUUUUAAGAAACACCUUUCCAUAAUAUAACAUUCAGAUAAUGCAACAAUGUUUGUUACAUGUGAUGGAACUUUUUGAAGUGAUUCUUGUUAUUAUGUCAUCACACUUAUUCUAGGAGAGAAACACAUAUAGUUUACUUCCUUUAUAAUGUACCAUAAUUGAAAUAAACCAACAAGGAAAGUGGAUUAUGUGCAUUUUAAUUCCUAAUUGGUUGAGAAGGAAAAGAUUUUUGAUCAUUGAGACCAAAAUUCUUUCAUUUUUUUUACUGGAAAAACUGCUUGUAAGGUUAUGCCCUAUAAUGUUUGUGAGUCGUAGAAAUUUAUAACUUUGUUUAUAUCCAUAUAAAUGUAAGCAGAUAUCGGGGUCAACAGUUUUUUGUUCAAGGAUUUAUCCAAUUUCAAAGCAAUGUUUAAUUGAUAGCAAUUCAUAUACUAUAAAAGGUUUAAAAUUGGUUAUGCUGCCAUGCAUUAUGCAAGAAUUAUCAUUUAUACAACAUUUUGUUUGUCAUAACCUGACAGAAUUCCUGUUGACUUUUCUCUUCUGGGGAAAUAAUGUACCAAUUCCUAAUUGUUGAAAAUUGUCCACUUUGAGCAGAUAGGAGUCCCCACCGAACUCAAAAGGAACAUUUUCAUUGGAGCUCUCCUCCCCCCCCCCUCUUUUAUGGCAAAGGCUUACUUACACUUGCUUUUUGGUGGAGUCGCUAUAAUAUCAGGUACAUUGUGCAAGAUACCAGCCACCCAACAAUAAGUGCCAAUGAAGGAGCUCUGUUAAUAGCCAAAAUAGUAAUAUGGUGUUCUAAAAGCAUAAUUAGGGUAUUACGGUAAUUAAUCAUAUCUGAGAGAUUUCUUUACAACUGUUGACAAGAUUUAGAAAUUCAAGUAAAAAGUUUCUUGGACACCAGUUUUUGCGGACUGAUUGAAAAUACACUGAUAUGCUUGAGUGAACCCCAAACUUCAAACAUUUUUUUUCUCUAAAUUUAUGAAGCUCUUUAUUAACUUCUUCUGUACUCAAUCAAGUACUUGCCAAGUCAUGAAUCAUUAAAGCUUAGGGGUGACUGGUCACAAAUGUAUUUUAGUGACCAUGUUUACUCAAAAUCUGAAAUUUUCCAUCAUGAAAGCAGGUUAAUUUUUCUGCCUGCAUGUAGUUGUCUUUCCGUUGAUUGGCAUCAAUAAUCAUGACGCAAUUUUCAAGAGUGUAUCUUAAAGCCCAUGUAUACCUUUGAAUAAGGAAAUGUAUUUGAUUAACAUGUUUUAAUUGUGGAAACAGAAUUAUUGAUCUUUUAAAGAUUACAAGUUUCCUUUCCCAUUUUAUGGCUGCUAUCCAAUAGUGUAAAGGGUUGAUUGUGAAUUUAUGUUUUUGUGAUGUAUCUGUAUUAAAUCAAAAUAGAAUGACAUCUUUUGUUGUUGUUUGGGACAGAUAUAUAGUGUCUAACAUUUUGAAAUGUCUGGUUUUUUUUAUAGUAAAGUCCCUUUUGAAAUAUGCAAGAUAAUUCUUGUUAAAUUGUUUUGAGGCGCAUAAACAAAACAAUGCCUGAUUAUUGUUCAUUACACACUUGUAUUAGCUCACUCCUUUUCAAAUAAAAUGUGAAAAUCU